AUGAGUACUGUUGGAUACAGGUCAGAUGAGGAAUGCUCUGUUAUAGGGGAAAAGGCUGAAAUUGGAUUUCUAGAUUUUGAGGAAGAGAGAUCUGUUUGCAGUUACGUUCCUGAUGACGGGGCUCCGGUAGUCGUAUCUGUCCCGUUUGCAUUUGUGAAUGGGAAGCCUCAAUCAGUAUUUCUUGGAGAUACUGCUGUGGAAUUGAUAACUAUUAAUAAUACUACGGAUGAACCAGUGGACCUGUGGGGCGUAUAUAUUUUUGCAUCAAAUCCUCCCGACUCUUUUACUCUUUCUCUUAUGGAGCCUCCACCGGAAAAUUCAGAUUCAGAGAGCUUUAUAGAGUCUUUUAGAGUGGAGGACAGGAUGCUUCAGCCUCGCGAGGUCUUAAAUAUAUGGCUCUCUUGCAAGACAAAAGACAUGGGCAUGUACUCAUCUGUAUUGUAUUUUGACAUUGGAGAUGAGAAAAUUGAAAGGGUGGUUUUCCUCUUAGUUGAAGACAAGAUCUCAAAAUCUCUGGCUUCUAACAGACCUUAUUCAAAAGGAAGGAAGAAAGAAAAAUUUGUUGUAGACUCUUUUGUUCCCGGCUCACGCCCUGCAGGGAAGGCAAAUCGAAAAUACGUUAAUAGGCUUCCAAAAUAUGACGUCCCCAAGGAUAUUAGACUCUUGCUUGAGAACAAUCAGGUCCCUCAAGUCGUUGAAGAUGGUCUUACAAGAAGGAAUUAUGCGUCUUAUUUCAAAACACUAAUCAUAAUGGAAGAGAUACAUUUAGAGGAUGAUAUGAGAACUUAUGACAUGGAAUGUGUAACUAUGAGAACGAGAGGAAAUAAUUAUUUGUCCUUGGAGGUACCUGGGCUUGCUGAGAGAAGGCCUUCACUGGUGCAUGGGGAUUAUAUCUUUGCCAAGCUGGCUUCUGAACAAGACCAGAACACUGCACAUGUUUAUCAGGGAUUUAUUCACCGGGUUGAAGCUGACGAGGUCUAUUUGAAAUUUGAUCCUGAAUUUCACUAUUACCAUAGAGAUGAAGAUCUCUAUAAUGUCCACUUCACCUAUAAUAGGAUAAAUAUGAGAAGGUUAUAUCAAGCAGUUGAGGCAGCAGAAAGCUUAGGAACUGAGUUUCUUUUCCCAUCUACAUCCAGAAGAAGGUCCAUUAAAAACACCAAUCUGGUUCCCAUAUCUGGUUCUUUAAAUGAGGAGCAAAUGCGCUCUAUCAAAAUGAUUCUGGGUUGCAGAAGUGCACCGCCUUAUGUGAUUCACGGGCCUCCAGGCACAGGAAAGACUAGGACAAUAAUUGAAGCAAUCCUCCAGCUCUACCAACAUUAUAAGAAUACUCGUAUUCUUGUCUGUGCCCCCUCAAACAGUGCAGCAGACCACAUACUGGAGAAACUCCUUGCUGAAAAGGAUAUUGAAUUUCGAGAUAAUGAAGUAUUUAGGCUCAAUGCCACUGCCAGGCCGUAUGACGAUGUAAAACCUGAAUUUCUUCGCUUCUCCUUCUUUGACGAGAUGAUAUUUAAGUGCCCCCCAGUCAGUGCCCUAAAACAUUAUAGGAUUGUGGUAUCCACAUAUAUGAGUGCAUCUCUUCUUUUUGCAGAAGAUGUUUCCCGUGGUCACUUCUCUCACAUUUUCUUGGAUGAGGCUGGCCAAGCUUCAGAACCUGAAACCAUGAUCCCUAUAGCACAUCUCUGCCGAAGAGACACUGUUGUUGUUUUGGCUGGAGAUCCAUUGCAGUUAGGCCCUGUAAUAUUUUCCAAGAAAGCAGAUGAGUACCAAUUGGGGGUUUCUUACAUGGAAAGAUUGUUUAAAUGUGAGUUGUAUGGCAAUGGAGACACCAAUUAUAUUACAAAACUGGUUAAAAACUACCGAUGUCACCCAGAGAUUCUAGACCUCCCUUCAAAGCUUUUCUAUUUUGGGGAGUUGAUGGCAUGUAGAGAUUCCGCAACUUUCACGAUGACCGCGGAUUUUCUCCCUAAUAAGGAUUUCCCUGUUCUUUUCUUUGGUAUCCAAGGGUGCGAUGAAAGAGAAGGGAAUAACCCUUCAUGGUUCAACCGAAUCGAAGUGAGCAAAGUUGUAGAAACUGUUAAGAGGCUGAUUGCUGGUGGUAAAAUAACUGAAGAAGACAUUGGCAUUAUAACACCAUAUAGGCAACAAGUGUUGAAAAUAAGACAGACGCUUGAAAAUCUAGAAAUGCCUGAUGUCAAAGUUGGCAGUGUUGAGCAAUUUCAAGGACAGGAAAAGGAUGUUAUCAUUGUAUCGACUGUUCGAUCAACCAUCAAACACAAUGAGUUUGACAGAGUCCACUGUCUUGGCUUUUUGAGCAAUCAUAGAAGGUUUAAUGUGGCUAUAACCCGUGCUAUAUCAUUGCUGGUUAUAAUUGGAAACCCUCAUAUUAUAUGCAAGGACAAUCAUUGGAGCCAAAUGCUGUGGCACUGUGUGGACAAUUCAUCCUAUCUGGGUUGCGCUCUUCCAGAAAGGAUAGAACAUUUUCAUGAGGACAUUGGAGAGAACUCUGGCUUUGGCUUCAAUGAAGAUAACACAUGGCCCUCUAAUAAUGCAGAAUUUGGUCAAGAUUCCUUCCAGUCAGAGCUCCCUAAACCUGUCACCAAUGAAGCUGAAUGGUCUGAUGGAUGGAAUUCUAACAAUGUAGAAUCCGGUCAAGCUGAAUGGUCAGAUGGCUGGAACACAGUGCCCCCUAACAAUGUAGAAUCUGGUCAUGGUGAAUGCUCUAAUGGCUGGAACGCACCCUCUAACAAUGUAGAAUCUGGUCAAGAUUCCUUCCCAGAGCUACCUAAGCCUGUCACCGAUGAGGCUGAAUGGUCUGAUGGCUGGAAGUAG